AUGUUGUCACGAAUUUGUGGAAACGGGAUACGAUUAACUCGGACAAGACUUCAAUUUCAGCCAUCUAUUGUUACUUUCAGAGACUACAGUAAUCCAGCGCCAAAACGUGGAUUUUUGAAUAAUCUGAUUGAUAAUGUACGAGAUGAAAUGCAGAAAAACAAAGAACUUCAGGAACAUCAACAACAGUUGAAAGCUCGAAUGCAGGAAUUAAAUGAGUCAGAUGCAUUGAAAGAUGCCCGAAAAAAAUUUGAAAUUGUGGAAAAAGAAACAUUGAAAAGCUCGGAAGUUGUUAAACAAAAAAUUGAAGAACUCAGUGAUCACAUGAAAAAGAUGGUGCACGAAAUUCAAAAAACUGAGGCUGGAAAAAAGAUGACCGAAGCAGGAGCAGAGGCUCUUAAACAAGCACGAAAAGCCGCAGAACACGUCGAAAAAGUUGCAGAGAAAGUUGGAGAUACAGAAGUUUAUAAGCAUGUUUCCACUUCAAUGAAAACUGUGAAAGAUGAAAUUGACAAUAUUGCCGAUGUCAGAAUGUAUAGUAGACCAGAAGCGCUCACAAAACGGACAGAUGGGUUCGAUUUGGAGAAAGAACGGGUCGUAGAAGCCAAUGACUCAGCUACCGAUGUAACUCUGCACAAAGAUUCAAAAUGGUAUUCAGGAUGGAAAAACUUUUCAGAAUCAAAUACUUAUUAUCACAAACUUCUCGACUGGAAAAUCAAGUACGAUGAGUCGGAUAAUAUGGCAGUACGUAUGAUGAGAGGUGUAACGGAAAAAAUUGGAAGUGUUUUCUCUGGCCAAAAUGAGGUUUCCGAAGUUCUCACCGAAAUUCACAAAAUUGACGCCAAUUUCGACAAACAAGAAUGGCUCAGGUUCUGCGAGACAAAGAUUAUUCCAAAUAUUUUGGAAGCUUUCAUUCGUUUCGAUCUUGAAGUUUUACAAUCAUGGUGCCAUGAAAGGGCCUACACACAGCUAUCAACAGUCGUCAAAGAGUAUCAGAAAAUGCAUUUUAGCACAAAAGAUUCUCGGAUUAUUGAUAUCAAUAAAGUAGAAAUGGCAACUGGAAAAAUGAUGGAACAAGGCCCAGUUUUGAUUAUUUCAUUCCAAGUGUACAUGAUCAAUGUGACAAAAAAUGCCGAUGGAAAAGUUGUUGAAGGAGAUCCAGAUAACCCGAAACGUAUUAAUCAUAUCUGGGUUCUCUGUCGAGAUGUUGAAGAAUACAAUCCGGCACUUGCGUGGAAACUUCUUGAAGUGCACAUGCAAGAAACUCCUCUUGCUCUUUAAAAUUUCGUCUUUCUCAGUGUCCUAAUUAAAUCUCAACUUUUUCUUUUAUAACUCCCCGUAUUUUCAUAGUAUAUUUCCUUUUUUUAGGCUAGAUUGUUUCCUUUUUUGUUUUUUAUUUUCAUCUUUGUUACCUGAACGGGUGCAUUUCUCUUCCUGUUGUCUUCUUUGUCUACAGAUUUCUUUCGACUCAAAAAAUGUUUAUUUCCGUCAAUUGGAAUGAUAAUAAAAAAGUUCAAUUCGGAGCGAAGAUUUCGAUACGGACUUUUCCACUUUUUGAGAUGGAAUGAACGUGCGCGAAGACAGUGUAA